UUCAUUCACAAGUUGUCUGGCAUUUGAAACACUUGUUCUUUUGAAAAAAGAAAAACAACAUAUUCUUUGAAAAUACCUAUUCAUUAAUCUAAAUUCUAUCGGUAAUUUUUUAAGUUAUUCUAAAAAUUAAAAGAAAAAGAAAUAUUGAAAGUGAAAUCAACGGAAGUGUUUAAAAUUGGUGAAAAACUAUUAAGUUUCGAUUGGUCUUCAUAAUAUUCAUCGGCUUUUUAGAGAAAGAAUUUUCAAAAUAAAAGCAUAUAAAAUGGAGAAAUUGCCACAAUUGUGCCUUCUUCUGUUGAUUGGACUGGCUCUCAGCUCAACCACAAAUGGUGCAUCAAUCGUCAAUAAGAGAGCUGUAGCUGAGAGUGAAGCACCAAAGCCAAAAAUUUGUCAAAAUAAUUCGCCAUGUGGUUGGGGCAUAUACACACCUUUCACACGACAAGUUGACUAUUUCAUGAAGAAUACGUGCGUGUGUGAGGAACAAAAACAAUGCGUCCGUACCGAUGAUGAUCUAUCCGUGAGCGCCUACGUCUACCGGUGCAGGGAGCUAGGCCAACGAAAGAAGUUGGAUAAUUCAUCCUGAAGUCACAUCACCUCAGCAAAGGAUUAGGAAGUGAAAAUAAGACAGAUAUUUCUUAUCUCUUUAGUGCCAUUUUCUCUUUCAUAACAGAAGAAAAAAAAGACAAAACCACAAAAGUUCAUCUCAUGACACCUAUUUGAAUAGUUUUUUUAAUUGUAAGAAAAAAAUAAUUAUUACAUUUUUUUCCUGUAGGAUGCAUUAAGAAAAUAGGCAUGUGCAAUUAAUUCUAAUAAUUUCUUUUUCACUGCAAACACUAAUUUAUGGCCAAAUGUACUCAGUUUUGUUUUAUUAUAUUUUUUUUUAUAAUAAUAUUAUAAACAUUAAAUUAUAUUUCGACAAAUUGGAUGUUAUUUAAUUUAAUCAAUGAGGAAAUCAUGUAAAUUUACGCACAGGUACAAUCAUGGAAUAAUGUUUAAACAAAAACACAAAUUUGUUAUCUCAUGAGAGAAAUUCUGUUCCUUCCUACUUAGUACUUUAUUUAGUUUAUAGACAUUUUUUUUUCUAACAUAACUAUUAGGAUUAUCGUAGAGAAUAGAAAGAAAAGGAUUACAACAAAAAACAAUAUUUGUUUAGCUCGAGUAAUACCUAAAAUAAUCACACUUUACCAUUUUAGAAAUAAACAUUUUGUUUAUUUGUAAAAGCAGUAUUUGAAAACAUUGAUGGCAUAAUUUGAAAUAAAAUUAUUAUUUGAAAAAAAAAGAAACAUCUAUCAUACAACCAUUCAUACUCAAUACAAUUUAUUUAAUAAAAGAAAAAUCUUUUCAGUUUAUUGGCAUGAACACUUCUUCAGUUAGAAUCAAAAUCUCAUUCAGUAUUGCAACUCAUAAAAUAAUCAUUAAAAUUGCAUUUUAUGAGCAAUUAUUUCCAGAAGCACAUCAUACAGUGUAUAUACAAAGCAUUCUUGUUGUAUGAGAAGAUGAAGGAAAUUGACAUAAAAAAAGCUCAGAUAUAAUAAAAUUAAAGUGUAGCAAAAAAAAAACAAUAAAACAUUUUUUGAUCAAUUAAA